AAUUUUUCUUCUUUCUCUUUUCUACUUCCCGCCGCCAAAAAACUUCUCCCACCACGCCUUCUCCCAUCGCGCCGCCGUCCAGGCUUCUUUUAGUUAAGCCUCCUAGAUCUGCCUACCCAUAACGACGCCUCUAUCUUUCACCAAGUCAUCACCACAACCUCGACAACAAAAACACCCAACUCGUCGCCAUGGCCAAAAAAUCCCUCGACCCCGAAUCUGCCACCACGCAGGUGAACAUUGCUGACUUCCAGCGGACCCGCGAUUCGGUAAGUCUUCAGUUCUCUAUCAAGAGCCCACAGUGCUAUACUUCUGCCGCCACCACCACCACUCCCUUCAUUCACGCGUUCCUAUCACGCACACCCCCAAUUCACAACCCCGCUACGACCUCGCCGCCCCAAGAGUAAACAACAAAUCUUCCCCUCAGUUACCCGCGUCGCCACUAUUUGUAUACAAUUGUUCCGCAUGCAUCUAUGCCCGUUAUGCCCUCCAUCAAGCUGCCUGCGCACGUCGCUCGCGAAGACUGGGAGUUUCUCGGAACAGUCAAUAGGGCUACCUUGUUUGCCAUUCAUACUCUUACUACUGAUUUGGACUCACUCGCACAAUCUAUCGCCCAUGUUCAGCAUAGACCAAAAGCACUUGCUCACUCUUACAACCAGGUCAUCGUGGCCCUUGCUACCUUGCAAUCCUCGGUCCAGGAUCUCUCCCGUGCUUACAUUCAGCAUGCGAACACGGUCCUCACUCCUGGAAAGCACGGUCUCAACCCCAUCGAUGCCAACCUUACCAGCAUCUUGACCGAGUCCGGUCUUUUGGCUGGUCGACCGGCUGAUGCUCCUCCUGCCGCGGUCCCUGAAGUCGAAACCGACGGAAAGAAGAAGCGCAAGCGAACUCCUCAUGACCCCAAUGCACCAAAGCGUGCUCUCACCCCAUACUUCCUCUACAUGCAGAGUGCUCGUGCUCAAAUCGCCAAGGAACUGGGUGAUCAGGCCAAGCCAAAAGAGGUUGCCGAUGAGGGUACUCGCAGAUGGACUGAGAUGAAGCCCGCAGAGAAGAGCGUUUGGGAUGACAAGUACCAGAAGAACCUGGCUGCUUACCGUGUCAAGAUGGCUGCUUACAAGGCCGGUCAACCGGUCCCAAGUGACGAUGAAGCUUCUCGUCUUGUUGAGAUGGGCAAGGCACCAGACCAUAUUGCAGGUAUGGACGCCGAGGCCGAGACUGAAGAGGAAGAGGCUGCGGCGGCGUCCGAAGACGACUCUCCCGUGCCCGUUAAGGAACCCUCGCCCCCCAAGUCUUCCAAGCGCCGCAAGACCAAGGAUGCCACUCCCAGCAAGCCAACACCCAAGGCUGAGGCGGCCAAAUCCCCGGAGAAGAAGUCGAAGAAGGGCAAGAAGGAUGCUCUUCCAUCGGCCCCUGCAUCGACCACUAAGACUGAGAAAUCUCGCAAGGGCAAGAAAUGAAGGGUGUAAAAUUAAGGCUACGGGGUUUUUGUCGUCGUGGACAGUUGACAUGAUUCAUGCGGGUUUCUGGCUUUGGUUUUGGGGUUUGAAGAUAUCAUCCAUGGUGGACAUGGAAGUUAGCAUGUCUACUUUUCAUGUUGAUAAUGACUAGGCGUCUCAUGGGAUAAACCAAUUGCUGAUGUUGUGUGGUGAAAUGAGCAAUGCCAGUAUAUGUUUUGUGUACUUUUUUUUUCUCUGUCUUUUCUACCUCUGGUGUUCCAGUUUAGUUUACUGACUGCAAUACAAACAAUGUCCUCAGGAAUUAAUCAUCUCC